AUGGAAGGAAUUGAGUUCCCUCACAACGACGCAUUAGUGGUGACCCUCCGCGUUGCCAAUUCGAUGGUAAAAAGAGUGAUGAUUGACGGGGGAAGUAGCGCAGACAUGUUAUUUUGGAGUACCUUCAAAAGAAUGAAGCUGGAUGAAAAGAAGAUUCAACCAAACCCAACACCGAUCUACACAUUUGAAGGGACGAAAGUGCAACUGAUCGAAGAUGUGACUCUGCCGGUCAUUGUCGUAGGUAAGACCCUAUUCGUUACUUUCGUGGUUGUAGAUGCGCCGAGCGCGUAUAAUGCUAUAAUGGGAAGGAAUUGGACUCAUCGAAUGGAUGGAGAAGCAUCGACACGUUGCCAGGUGAUGAGGUGCAUAUCCGAAUAUGGGAGAACCACAAUUGAUAUCAAAGGGGAUCAAGUGGAGGCCAUAAGAUGCUACAGCAUAGCAACUAACCUUAAGGCUGCGACUUCGCAGCAUAGCGAGGAUUUAUAG